UGUCUGGAGAUGACUACCAAGAGGAAGCUCAUCGGGCGCCUGGUGCCAUGCCGAUGCUUCCGUGGGGAGGAGGAGGUCAUCUCCGUGCUGGAUUACUCACACUGCAGCCUGCAGCAGGUGCCCAAGGAGAUCUUCAGCUUCGAGCGUACUCUGGAGGAGCUCUACCUAGACGCUAACCAAAUCGAAGAGCUUCCCAAGCAACUCUUCAACUGUCAAGCCCUGCGAAAAUUGAGUAUUCCUGAUAACGACCUUUCAACCCUGCCAACCACCAUCGCUAGCCUUGUAAACCUGAAGGAAUUAGAUAUAAGUAAAAAUGGCAUUCAAGAAUUUCCCGACAAUAUCAAGUGCUGUAAAUGUUUAUCAGUUGUAGAGGCCAGUGUAAAUCCCAUAACCAAACUCCCAGAUGGCUUCACUCAGCUCCUCAAUCUGACACAGCUCUUCUUAAAUGAUGCCUUCCUCGAGUACCUACCCGCCAAUUUUGGAAGAUUGUCUAAAUUACGCAUCCUGGAGCUUCGAGAGAAUCACUUGAAAACCAUGCCAAAGUCAAUUCACAGGCUGUCACAGCUGGAGCGAUUAGACUUGGGAAGCAAUGAAUUCACUGAGCUGCCAGAAGUUCUGGAGCAGAUUCAUAACCUAAAAGAGCUGUGGCUGGACAACAAUUCAUUACAGACAAUACCAGGGUCUAUAGGGAAACUGAGGCAGUUGCGCUAUCUUGACUUGGCCAAGAACAGGAUCGAGAGUCUUGAUGCAGACAUCUCUGGGUGCGAGUCUCUAGAGGACCUCCUGCUCUCGUCUAACAUGCUGCAGCAGCUGCCUGAUACGAUAGGAAUGUUGAAAAAGUUAACAACAUUAAAAGUUGAUGACAACCAGCUCACCUCACUGCCUAACACCAUCGGAAGUCCACGCGCCAAAUUAGGUUUAUCGCUCUUAGAGGAGUUUGACUGUAGCUGUAAUGAACUGGAGUCUUUGCCCCCAACCAUUGGCUACCUGCACAAUCUCCGGACCUUUGCGGCCGAUGAGAACUUCCUGACAGAGUUGCCCAGAGAGAUUGGAAACUGCAAGAAUGUCACGGUUAUGUCCUUGCGCUCCAAUAAGCUGGAAUUUCUGCCUGAUGAAAUCGGGCAGAUGACGAAGCUGCGUGUUCUCAAUCUCAGUGACAAUAGAUUGAAGAAUCUUCCCUACACUUUCACUAAACUGAAAGAUCUGGCUGCACUCUGGCUAUCUGACAAUCAGUCCAAAGCCCUUAUCCCCCUGCAAACAGAAGCUCAUCCUGAGACCAAACAGAGAGUACUUACAAACUACAUGUUUCCCCAGCAACCACGGCAUGAUGAAGAUUACCAGUCAGACACCGACAGCUUCAACCCCGCUCUCUGGGAGGAACAGAGGCAGCAGAGGAUGACUGUGGCGUUUGACUUUGAGGACAAGAAAGAGGAGGAGGACAACUCUGCAAAAGUCAAGGUUGAGAUUAAUCUGAAACGAUAUCCCACCCCUUACCCAGAGGACCUGAAGAACAUGGUGAAGUCAGUGCAGAACAUGGUGGGGAAAUCCACUCACCCUCUGAGCACAGAUAAAUGUUCCUCAGGCACCAACAUGGAGCUGCAUAGCACAGAUGCAUAUGAGCCCAAAUGGCCCAUGGCACCCAAGGAGGUGACCGAGAGAGAUGUUCAAGAAUUCUCCAAGCCUCCUCUACCAGAGCAAGGUGUCAUCAUGAAUUCGGCAAUUGACAUCCCAAAGCGGAAGGACAAGGAGGAUCUAAACGAGAGCUCUGAGAUUGCUUUACAUCGCAUCGUUCCCAAGCCUCAACAGCCAGAGAAUACAAGCUUGGCCCUUACUUCCUCUUCCUGUUUCUGCCUCAUAGAUUCCAUGGGAGGUUCACCUAAUGAUAUCCGGAUUUCUGACAUGAGACCAACUCUGGUGGAACCCCCUAUGUACAAGCCAAAGGUUGUAUUGCUGGGAAAAGAUAAAAAAGAAUCCAUCGAUGACUCAGACCCAGACAAAAUGCACUGCAUGAACAACAGUGGAUCAUCAGCCACCUACUCAGACUACUCCCCCUCGCAGGGCUCUUCUGGAUCCUCCAACCCUCCUGGCAAUGUCAGCUCCAUGCAGAGUGCUGCCAAAGAGGGUCCAUCACAGACCCACUGGACUAACAGACUUGCUCAGUCUUUCCCAAAGCCCAUAGAAACAAAGCCUCUGCUCAGCCACAGAGAGACGCCCCCCUCCAGUACCCUGCAGCAGCGGGGUGAGAGACGGCCACUCAGUGACACCUUCGACAGCUGGAAUGAUGCUCCCCACUAUGACAAUACCGGGUUCGUAGCAGAGGAGACGCCAGUUGAUACUCCCAGCGGCAGUAGUGGGAACCCCAUGCUAGGCACAAAGCCUCGUAGUGCUUCAGCAGCACAUGGGCGACGGCCUCUCAUGAGACAGGACCGCAUCAUGGGGGUCCCAUUAGAGCUUGAGCAGACACCACACUCUUUCCGUACAAAUCCUGAUGCUGAAGUGCCUCCUCCCCCUCCCUCAAACCCCUGGCAGAAUUGGACGAGGACUCCCAGCCCAUUUGAAGAUCGUACAGCGUUCCCCUCCAAACUGGAAAUUACCCCAGCAAACAGCCCCAACCCUGAUCGCAAAGACUUUGAGCAGGAGAUGGGUGAACUACCUGGCACUUUCCCCUCAUCAGGAGCCUGGGGAUUCCUGGACUCCAGAAACUCAGGGACAGGGCAAGGUCAGCCUAAUGUCUUUGCACAUGUUCAAGGUCGUAAUGAACCAAAUAAGGGCAACACCAUGGUCAUGAGCAAGAGCUCUGAGAGAAUUUCACCAAUGAUGAAGGAGGUAAAGUCAAAAUUUAAGAAGUCCCAGAGCAUAGAUGAAAUUGAUAUUGGAUCAUACAAGGUGUACAGUAUUCCCUUGGACCAUUACAGCUCUAGCAUAGAGAAUCAGGGUAGUGUGGACAGAGCUGACCUCCCAGGACCUCUUGAACAGAGCAUGUCCAGGAGCCAGUCUGCUCCCAUGCUGGAUGAUGAUCUUGACAGCUUCUGCACAAAUAAAUCUCAGCAGCAGAAACCUGCUAUCCCAAAAAAGGUUUAUCAAUUUGACCAAAGUUUUAACCCUCAAGGAGCUAUGGAUGUGAUGAAAGCAGAACGGAGGGUCCCUCCACCAUUUCCCAAUACGCCUGAAUAUGUGAAUCAACCAGGCAAGACACUGCCAAAGGAGCUUAUUAGCCCCCGAGGCUACCGGGGCUAUCAACCAAUGGAGCAAAUGUUCUUUUCGCAGCCACCUGUCACUAAUGAUGCAGUUCCUCAACAGUUUCCCGCCCAGCCUCAACGAUCCCGUCCAGGUUUCCUGCGACGGGCUGAUUCCCUGGUAAGUUCUACAGAGAUGGCACUGUUCCGCAGGGUAGCAGAAGCCCAGGAGCACCAAAUGGCAGAGCAUUACAACAGACCCCAACAGCUUAAAGCCAUGAUGGAUGCACAGAAUAACUUGUCCACCAUGGCAGAUUCCCAGUUCCACAAAAGGAAUGGUAGGUAUGAAGAGGAAUACUCAUCUUAUCAAGAACCUAAAAAGCCUAUUAUGGGAUACCCCACAAAGAGUCUGACACAGCGACGCCCACUGUCUGCGCGGAGCUACAGUACAGAGACUUAUGGGGCAUCACAAGCUCGACCAGUGUCUGCGCGCCCCACCAUGGCUGCCCUGCUAGAGAAAUUGCCUUCAGAUUAUAAUAUUAGUACAUGCACUGAGAAGAGCCCUGACACUGACAUGAAGAUGAGGCCUGUUCCACAGAAACCAGAGGACAUGACCUCCAAAAUGCCAGUGGACUGGAGACAACAGCUCCUAAGGCACAUAGAGGCAAAACGGCUAGACCGGAGCGCUGUCCUUAAGCACAACACAGUAAACUUCGGCAUGCUGUACUCUGGAGGCUAUGCUGCACCGCAUGCCAGCAGAAGCAUGACAAUAAACUUUUACAAUAACACAAAGCAUGAAAACCAAACAACUCAGUGGCUACCUCUACCAAAUACUCCAUCGCAACAGAGCAAUAUUUUAGAUAACGGUCAAGAGGUGGUCUCUCCCACCACACAGUGGGCCCCCUACUCAUUAGGACGAAGAGAUGUACCUCCUGACAACACCAUCAUCAAAAAGGCUGUGGUCCAUCAUUCUCACCAACAGCAGGGCAUCAUGGGAAGCGGAGCCACAGCACCACACCGAGGAGGACACCAGCAGUACGAGGGAGCCAUCAAUAAGGUGUCCAUCCAGCAGUACCAGUCACCUCUGGCGCCGACCACCAGCCCCCGACCACAGAGUGCCCGCUGCUUCAUCCAGACUAAAGGCCAGAAGAGCAUGGACGGCUUUCCAGAACAGUUCUGUGUUCGGAUUGAGAAAAACCCAGGCCUUGGUUUCAGCAUCUCAGGGGGAAUCAGUGGGCAGGGAAACCCCUUCAAACCCUCAGACAUGGGUAUCUUUGUUACUAGGGUACAGCCUGAUGGACCCGCCUCCAAUGUUCUUCGACCGGGGGACAAAAUUCUGAAGGCCAACGGACAUAGUUUUUUACACAUCGAACACCAAAUGGCAGUGUCUCUACUGAAGAGUUUCCCGAAAGCUGUGGACUUGGUCAUUUUAAGGGAGAGCACAAUGUAAAUAAUUUUGUAACGCUGACUUCUUGCUCAAAAGGAACACAGGACCUUGUACAUCAAGUUUUUAUCUAGGAACAAUUUUGCCAAUUGCUGGACCAAUGGCAAAUACUAGUGCCAAAUGUACAAUAGAGAACAUAUCGAAUAAUGUGACAUAUGGCUUACACGUAUAUAUAUAUAUAUAAAUCUCUAUAUAUAUAUAUAUAUGUGUGUGUGUGUGUGUGUGUGUGUGUGUGUGUGUGUGUGUGUGGUUUAAAAUCUUACACUAAUGUGAAAUUACUUUCUAUCUCUCAGCCUGUGGCUGUAGGUGGGUGUGUUUUUUCGUUGCUUAUUUAUAUCGCCUGUUAUUUUGUACCUAUUUUUCCAAGCAGCAUUUCAUUUCAUUUCAGUCUCUGCGCAUGAAAGCUGCUGUCUGCUUUUGAAGACAUUUUAUUCAUCAUAACACUGCCUCAACUCUGUAAAUGCCUUUUGUAAAUAUAUAUAACAUUUCAGAAGAUAGUUUAUCCUGCUGACCCUUGACUUCAUUUGAAUCAUUUAAGCAGGCAUCUACUACCGCAGUAGGUGUGGUUUAUGGAUUGCGUAUGGCCCAUAGUUUUGCACAAAUCAAAUGAAAAAUCCAAAAGCAAUAUUGUUGCUAUUUGGCUUUUCGUGCAGCACCCUCUGCUGGUCAGCAAACAGCUUCUUAAUAAUGAUGAUAAUAAUAAUAAUAAAAUAAUAAUAAUAAUAAUAAUAAUAAUAAUAAUAAUAAUAAUAAUAGUAAGUGAGUCCUUUGCUUUUGGUUCAUACAGGGUGUAACCCCUUAUUCAUUUUUCGCCAUGUUGUCAUCAUGAGCAUUUUCCCAGUUUAAUUAUGAUUCAUAUUAUUUCAUGCUCCACCAGGUACAAAAAUGUCAGAGUCGGUUUUUAGUGUGUACAUUUAAGUUGUACAAAGGGUUUUACACUCAAGGCUUAGUUGAUGUUCUGCUUUAAGGCCUGUUAAUCACUUACUGAUAUAAAUAAAUGAAUUCACAUCAUUAUGUAAUAGAUAUCCAUAAGAAGCUUUAAUGUUUAUAGCAUGCUUUCACUUUUUAAAGCUGUCUUAUUAGGAAAGCGGUGAGGAGGCUUUGUUUUUAAAUUAAACAUUUAGUUGCUUUACUUCACUAGAAGUAUUUGUUAUGUAAAAACAUUGACGGCUCAUCAUCAUUGUACUUUACAGAUAGAUCUGCCCUGGCCAUGUCCAAUAUUGUACAUAAAUGUAGCAUUAGAAAGACCCCAAUCAUAUUUUACUUGUUUUUUGUUUUUGUUUUUACAUUUCAGUUUUAUUUGAAAUGUAAUUAUACAACCUGAAGUCUGGGUGAAAACUGAUCAAAUGCUAUUGGAACAAAGCAUUUGAUAAUGUGAUUAUUUUUACCAGAUGUUUUGAGUAAUUAUUUAUAAAUAUAUAUUGACAUACUUAGCUUUGCUCAAAUUGUGAGUUUUUUUUGUUUGUUUGUUUGUUUUUUACAAAGAUACAAAAAGCAGUAUGGAAAAGCGUAUUUAGAUGAUGAGAGAACACUUAAACGAAUCAAACUUAAAACUAUUUCUACAGUAAUUGUGAAUUUGUGUCAAACAUGUAUAUGGAUAUACAAAUGGUCAUUUUUGUAUGUGUUUUAAAUCCUAUUGAAUAUAAAUGCUAAUAUAUGGUACUAUUCAGUCUAAUUGCAGUAUUGAUGUACAUAACUGUGAAUGAAAUCAUUUAAAUUAAUUUAUUCCUAUAGAUUGUGAAUGUACUCAAAGCUUUCUGCAGUAUGAAGACUUACUGGACUUGAAUGCUGUUUAAUUUUUUUGUGCAAAAAGUAAUUAUAUAUAGAAUAAUACAAUUAUUCCAUUUAGUUCAACAGAUUUAGUGACAAUUUAUCAUGCAGUUUAUUUGCACACGCAAGUUUACUCCUUCCUAUCCUAUUUUUUCUGAAUUAAAACAAUGUAAUUGAUGAAAUAUAUAUUCUGUGUCUAGAAUGCAUUUUGCAGAUGCUAUAUGUACAUAUUUAAAAUAAAUUUUAAUAAUAAAAGCCAAAACAGAAAAAAAAAAUUCAAAGCUGUGCAGCAAAUAACGGAGCCAUUUUCGGCUUUGGGAGUACAGAUUUUUUCAGUAUCUAAGCGGUGUUUUGAAUAAUGUAUGAAAGUCUUUAUUGUACAAAUAAAAAGUCACUAUUGUUA